AUGGAACUUACUGCUCACAGCGUCGAGGGUACUGAUCGGUUUGUCCACCAACUAGGGGAGCUUUACCCCACAGGCACCUUCUCCGACCUCACCAUUUACACCACGGACCAAGCCUUGAAGGUACAUAAACUCAUGGUCUGCAGCCGAUCCGAAGCUUUCCGCCGAAUCUUCUCUAAUGAAAACAAAGAGGCCCAUGUAUUCGAAAUAAAGGAUGAGCAUCCUCGCGUCGUUGAAGCCAUGAUACGCUCUUUCUACGGAUUACAUUACGAUAUCAUCCAACCCAAGCCUCGAAUGUGCCCCCUGUUGUUUAAUGUCCAAGUAUACGCCAUUGCCAACAGAUUCGAAGUGGAAUAUCUCAAAAUCCAAGCAAAAUUAACCUUCGUCACCCUCGCCCAAGACCACUGGGACACGGACGAAUUCUUGACUGCUGCUUUUGAAGCAUACAAAACAACACCACAGGCGGAUCGGGGCCUCCGGGAUGUGGUGGUCGCGGUUUGUCAAAAGCACAGGAGGGAACUGCGCGAGAAGAAGGUAUUCGAGAAACUGGUUCAAGAAACUCCCGGCCUUGCUACCGAUCUUGUGUUGCUUUCAUACAGGUGGUUGCCUCAGUCUGCGUCUACGAGAGUUCGUCUUGUUCAGUCUUUCUCUUGUCUGUCUUGUUUUGCGAAAUGGCAGAUCCAGGUGGGGCUGGCAGAGUACUUUACUGCUUGUCCGUUUUGCCAUGAUGAUAAGGUUGGGGCUUUUUGA